AGCGUGUGGGCUCCGCUCCCGUUACUCGGUGUGAAAGUUUGUGACCGGAGGGCGAGGGGCGCAUCUUCUUAGUGAGACCCGCAGAAACAUGCAGCCGUGACCCGGUUCGGCUGUCCAGAACGCAACCCAGCACACGGAAAGGAAAGAUGACAGCUAAAGCUCUGGAAAAAGUACCAGUGAAUCUGGGUGGCUUCGCGCACCCGGUGGCGGACGGCGUCUUCACGGUGGAUGACGUCUCCGGCUUACCGCCCUCAAUCGCCGUGUUCCCCAACAGCGAGCUGGGAGCGCACUACGAGCAGACCAAUGUGGCAGCAGAUGCUCUGAUGGGUUCAGACACAGAGAAGCGCUCCUUGGACCUGUCCUCCUAUUCCAGCGGCUUCUCCCAGUCCGCAGCACAUGUGAACCAGACCUUCACCUACAUGGGGAAGUUCUCCAUCGACUCCCAGUCUCCCGGGAACUGGAACCCUGAGGGGGUAAUCAACAUCGUUUCGGGCAUCUUUAACAUGGCUCAGCCGCCUCCUCCUCCUCCGCCUCCCUCUUCAUCGGCGUCCUCCUCCCCGGCUUCAUCAGAAUCUCCUCAUCCCUUCUUCAGCAGAAAUCUGAGCUGCACCAUGGCGGCUCAGAGUCAGGCAGACAUAGACCACCACCGCCACCUGUACUCCCCCCCGCCUCCUUACACCUCCUCUGGCUGCGGGGAGGUGUACCAGGACCCAUCAGCGUUUCUGUCUACCUCCAGCUGCCCGAUAGCCUCCUACCCUCCUCCCUCCUACUGCUCACCCAAACAGCCCAGCAGCGCGGACGCUCCGGGGCUGUUUCCCAUCAUUCCCGACUACUCGGGAUUCUUCCAGCCGUCCUGUCAGCUGGACAUACACACGGCGACUAUCCAAGACAGGAAGCCGUUUGUUCCAUGUCCCCUUGAUACGUUCAGAGUCCCGCCACCCCUCACCCCGCUGAACACUAUCAGGAACUUUACGCUGGGGGGUCCAGGUGGAACUGGCUCAGAAGUAGGACCACCGAGACUCCCCUCCGCCUACAGUCCACAAAACCUGCCCCUCAGACCAAUCCUGCGGCCAAGAAAGUACCCGAACCGGCCGAGCAAAACUCCCAUCCACGAGCGGCCGUACCCGUGCCCGGCGGAGGGCUGCGACCGGCGGUUCUCCCGCUCUGAUGAACUGACCAGACACAUCCGGAUCCACACUGGACACAAGCCCUUCCAGUGUCGAAUCUGCAUGCGCAACUUCAGCCGCAGCGACCAUCUCACCACGCACAUCCGCACGCACACGGGAGAGAAGCCGUUCGCCUGCGACUUCUGCGGCCGCAAGUUCGCUCGGAGCGACGAGAGGAAGAGGCACACUAAGAUCCACCUGCGGCAGAAGGAGCGGAAGUCCUCCACGGUGUCCUCCUCUUCCUCCUCCUCUGUAAACUCCGUGCUGGGGCGCGCGCCCGGUGGUGUCAGCGGGAUCUGCUCGUAGGUCCCGACCAGUCACGUCAACAUGCCAAUCAAACAGAACCAGCAGAACAGACCGGAACUUUGGUGCACUCUCACGCACAUCUUUUCAUUUUGAAUGCGCGCUACUGUUGGGACUUCAUACGGACUCCUGUAAAGAAAUGACUCCUGUAAAUAAAUGACUCCUGUAAAGAAAUGACUCCUGUAAAUAAAUGUAAAGUUACGUGAAAACAGCAAUAAUGAGUCAGAGAAAGUGUGGAGAAGUUUAAUUUAUUGACCUGGUUUUGGUUUAACGCGUCGGCCUCCUGCUGCAGUGCCUCGCUGUGUGUCCGUUUACCGACCGGCUCCGUCUAACGGAAACGUUUCCGUUAAAGGUUAUUUUUCUACUCGGUUUCCUGUGCCUGUUGAAUUUGUGUUUUGUGUGUAUAAAUGAUGUAAAUAUGCUGAACUGAACCUGACAUGCUUUGUUGUGUGUUAUUAAAAGCUGAGGAUGAGAAA